AUGGCCUUCAAAGCUUGUGUAUUGGAUGUGCUGGAGCUAUGUGUGCGUGUACUCAGUGAGAAGGAAAAUGAGAUGCUGCCUAUGGCCCAUCGCUGCUGGCCUGCCCUCCUACAGAGACUCACAGCUGAUGACCCUUUAGCAGUCCUCAGAGCCUUCAGGAUGCUGUGUACACUGGGUGAAACAUGUGGUGACUUUCUGAGGAGGAGGGUUUCUAAAGAGGUUCUGCCCAAGCUGAGCUCCUCACUGGCACGGCAAGCUCCGACCAGCGCCAAGGCCGGACCUGUCUACACACACACCCUGGUCUACAAACUGCAGCUGGCUGUACUUCAGGGGCUGGGCUCACUGUCCCAGAGGCUGGAUCUGGGUAAGAGGAUAGGAACACAUGACACACAAAAACACAGGUUUCCCAAGACACAAUGCACAGUGCUGAAGGAAUAUACAUACCAGGUUAAAGAGUGGAUAAAGAACACUUGUAAAAAAUGUAUCAUGGUUAAUCUUAGCCCUGACAGGUUUUCUAAUGAAGGUUGAUGCAACAUUAUGGUAAUUUUACCAAGAACAUAUUGAGGAUAGAAUACCUUUGUACCAAUGUAAUAUUUACAUAAGUAUGUUGUAUAAUGAGAGCUCUGAUGAAUAACCAGAGUAAAAUUGCGCUCCAACCAGAAAGCCAGUCAUUUAUAUGCAUUAAGGAUCAUGUAAACUCCCCUCCUAAUGGCAGCAUUAUUUUAGAAUAUCACCACAGAAGAAGUUUUAGAUGAGGCUUGGGCUGGAACAACUUGUAGAAAUAAAUUUUAUAUUUAUGUAUUAAAGGAAUAGUGCAACAUUUUAAGAAAGUGGUGCUGGAAACAGGAUAUUUAGCUUAGCACAAAGACUAU